CUCAGGCUGGGCGAGCAGGGGCAGUGGAGAAGAGUGAAGUAGAACUCUCGGGAAGAAGAGCCAAGAGAGUGUAGCAGUAGCCAGUAGCAAGGGAAGGGAAAGGGAAGGUUCUUGCCGGAUUAAUCUCGACCGUGUGAUCUCGAUCAAGACCGCGAUGCCGAUCAACCAGAUUGCUGUUGGUUCUCAUCGCGAUGCGACUCAACCGGAGGCGCUCAAGGCUGCUCUGGCCGAGUUUAUCUCCACUCUCAUCUUCGUCUUCGCCGGCGAGGGUUCUGGAAUGGCCUUCAACAAGCUCACCAACAACGGCGCCACCACCCCCGCCGGUCUCGUCUCCGCCGCGAUCGCACACGCCUUCGCUCUCUUCGUCGCCGUGGCGGUCGGGGCCAACAUCUCCGGCGGCCACGUCAACCCCGCCGUCACCUUCGGCGCCUUCCUCGGCGGCCACAUCAGCCUCUUCCGCGGCCUCCUCUACUGGAUCGCUCAGUUGCUCGGCUCCGUUGUCGCAUGCCUGCUCCUCGCUUUCUCUACCAACGGCCUGACCACGUCGGCUUUCGGCUUGUCGGCAGGAGUCGGCGUUUGGAACGCCUUCGUGUUCGAGAUCGUGAUGACUUUCGGGCUGGUCUACACCGUAUACGCCACCGCCAUCGACCCGAAGAGGGGCAGUUUGGGAACAAUCGCUCCGAUCGCGAUCGGCUUCAUCGUCGGCGCCAACAUCUUGGCUGGCGGGGCCUUCGACGGCGCCUCAAUGAACCCGGCCGUGUCGUUCGGCCCCGCCGUAGUCAGCUGGACCUGGGAAAACCACUGGGUCUACUGGGCCGGGCCUCUCGUGGGCGGCGGGCUCGCCGCCCUUGUCUACGAGCUGUUCUACAACACCCACCACGCCCACGAACAGCUCCCGACAGCCGAUUACUAGGCUGGUUUUUCUCUCCAGUGUAUCUUCGCUUUGAAUUUUUGAGUUCCUGUUAAUAAUCUGUCGCCGUUGGUCUUUUUCUGGGGUUGGGGUUAGGGUUAUUGGCAUCAUCAUCACCGUGGGAUUCAAAGGGACGUUGUAGUAGUGUGGAUCCAGUGUUUGGUUGUGUUAUUCUGUUGGGUUGUAUGAUUCGCUGUUCUGUAUCCAAACUUCAUUUUUAAUUUUUC